UCUCCAGGAUGGGUUGGGGGCGCCUGGGGGCUUCGCUGCUGCUCUUGGCGGCCCGGAUCUUGCUCCAGACGGCCAGGGCGCUCCUGGGCCGCCUCUUGCCGGCCCGACCCCGCGACCUGGCCGCCGACUGCGUGCUCAUCACCGGCGGAGGACGAGGCAUCGGGCGCGCCUUGGCUCGCGAGUUCGCCCGGCGCGGAGCCCGCAAGAUCGUCCUGUGGGGACGGACGGAGAAGUGCUUGAAGGAAGCCACGCAGGAGGUCCGGGCGAUGGGCACCGAGGGACACUAUUUCGUCUGCGACGUGGCCAAUCGGGAAGAGGUUUACCGGCAAGCCAAGGCCGUCCGGGAAAAGGUGGGAGAUGUCACCAUCCUGGUGAACAACGCAGCCGUGGUUCAUGGGAAGACCCUCCUGGACAGUGAUGACCACGCCUUGCUCAAAUCCCAACACAUCAACACCCUGGGACAAUUCUGGACCACCAAGGCCUUCCUACCUAGGAUGUUGGAACUGCAGCGAGGACACAUCGUUUGCCUCAACUCCAUCCUCGCUUUGUCGGCUAUUCCUGGCGCCGUGGAUUACUGUACGUCCAAAGCGUCUUCCUUCGCCUUCAUGGAGAGUUUGACCCUGGGGCUUCUGGACUGUCCGGGAGUCAACGCCACCACCGUCUUGCCCUUCCACACCAGCACGGAGAUGUUUCAAGGGAUACGGAUCAGGUUCCCCAGUCUUUUUCCUCCACUCAAGCCGGAGAUGGUGGCCCGGAGGACGGUGGAGGCCGUUCAGCAGAACCAGGCGUUCCUCCUGCUCCCAUGGUCCAUGCACAUCCUCAUCUUCUUGAAAAGCAUCUUCCCGCAAGCGGCGCUGGACGAAAUCCACCGGUUCGCCGGAAGCUACCAGUGCAUGAAUACUUUCAAAGGACGGACCUAAGACACCGUUGGCCAUCAAAGGCUUGGUCCCCCUUUCAGGGAUGGGCUGUUUGGUUCUUCCUGUCUUGCGGUGAGGCCUCCGAAAGGAUGAGCCAGUCCAACUGCCACGGAAGGCCCAACGGACCAGGGUGGUUUUGUUUUCAAGGACCCCCGAGGCGCCGUUAUUUUAGCUUGUGAUGUUCCUCAGCUGGAGGCAUCUCAGAGGGGUUCCACCACCUACUUUUUUCGGGAGGGCCGAGGAGGUCCGUUUGGGCUUCUCCACGCCACACUUCCAGGCAGGAGUUGGUUCUUGAGGUCCUUCUUGGAAGGAGGAGUGGAGUUUGGAGGUUGUCCUCUGCUUGGUCCGCCUUCACGGGAGAUGAAUUUCGCCGGCGGGAGGAUCUCCAAAGGGUCCAUGGAUUGGGAUCUCCCAGCCAAGCUGCCUCCAACUCCACCAAAACGGGUCUCACUGAAGAGCGACGGACGUUACGUGGAUGUGGACGGAACCGCUCUUCGGACGGCUUCGGGGCGACUUCUCUGGAGAAACCCCACCCCGACCUAUGGUUUUACAAGGCGCGUAAAGGCACGUCCUUCAUCGAGAUGGACGCUUGACCCCAAGCGAGACCUUCUCAGCUACUUGGGCCUGGACUGGAACAGUUGGUGGAGCCAAAAACCCACAGGAGGUGUUUCAACCAGGCUGCCUCCUGCCUUGGACGGUGGGGAGGGGGGAAGGGGGUCAGACUAGAAGAUCUCCAAGCUCCCUUCCAGCUUGAGGAGCCUGUAAUUCUGCAUGGGGGAUAUCCAUAAAUCCAGAAACACCUUUCUGAGAGUGUCUUGGCUUUUGUGGUUCGUGGUGAACACUGAAUCGGUCUCUGUGUGUGUGUGGUGUGUGUACAUGUGCCCACAAAGACUCCUGGGUUACACACGGGGUAGUCCUUGGUUUAUGCCUGCCCAGAAUGUACGUCGCUGAGCUGAGAAAUCCGUCCCGGGAGCUUCUGUUAAAAAGCGGAAGUCGGACCGUGGGAAAAACCACCUCCGAGACCAUCAUCCCCGGACCAGACUGGGCCGUGGCUCCUCCUUAGCGGCACCUUGGCUUUCUGCUCCAGGGCGCCUCACCCCCGCCUCGUGACGGACCUUCACGGGGGGGGGGGGUGUUUGCCCACCUAUCUCUGGCCGAGUGGAGGAACAGGUUAGCCCGCCUGGGUGAAAAGUUCACACACACACACACACACGCACACACACACUCCCACACUCCUUGGGCCUGGCCGGUUGGCCGCCUGUUCCCUGCAGCUGAAUUUAUCGGCUGUUUGGCUAACCCUGCUCUGAACUCCGGGCUGUGGCUCACGUGGGGCGGGGAGGGGAGGGGACGGGCGGGGGGGGGGGGAGCCCUGCCUGGAUUGUCUGCUCACCCUCUUGACUUGUAAGGGAAAAAGUGCAAAUAGGAGGAGGAGGAGGAGGGAAGAGGCGGAAGGCGCAAGUCCCGGGGAGGGGAGAACAGGAUGAGAGAGAGAGAGCUGGAAGGGGCC